AUGAUAUUUCUAUUGUGUCUUAUUACAUUCACAUUUUUAACAAUAAAAGUGAAUGCAACUUAUCCACAAAAUAAUGCUCGAACGACAACACUUAAACGACUUGGAUGUUUACCUGGUCAAUAUUACGUAAAUGGAAACUGUGAGUACUGCGAAGCUGGUACUUAUUCUCCAGGAUCAGACGAUUCUGUUUGCUAUAAUUGUCCCAAUUUACAAUAUUCGUUGGGAAGUGCAUCUCAAUGUAAACAAUGUGACUCUUCAUGUCUCUCAUGUAACCCAAAAAAUGGACUAUGUACAUCAUGUCAGCCAGGAAAAGGGUUUUAUGCAACAUCUAGUAAGUGUUCAUCGUGUCAGCCUG